CCGAUCGGUCGAAAAUUGUUGGCACACGGAUUAUUACAAUUGGAUAGCGGACAUUGGCAAAGGAUUAAGCAUGCUGACCUGGACGCUGUGGUGUGGACUGCUGUUCCUGCUCUGGAUCUACUUUCUGUGGAGCAGGCGCAGAUUUUAUCUGCUAACGCUAAAGAUACCGGGACCACUUGGAUAUCCCAUUUUGGGCAUGGCUCACUGGCUGAUGCGCAGGGAAGAUAUCCUCAACGCAUUCGGCUGCUUUCUCGACAAGCACGGUCCGACAAUUUUCUCCUGGCUGGGGCCCAUUCCCUUUAUGAUUGUGAGUGAUCCCCAAGUGGUGCAGGAUAUCUUCACAUCUCCCCACUGCGUCAACAAGGGCAUUAUUUACAAGGCAGUGGACGAUGGCGCCGGAGUUGGAUUAUUCAGCCUGAAGGAUCCCCGCUGGAGCAUCCAUCGGAAGCUGCUGAAUCCCGCCUUCGGCCACAAGGUGCUACUCAGCUUCCUGCCCAUUUUCAACCGGGAGACGGCCCUUCUGCUCGAUCAACUCGAACCACUGCAGGAUGACGGCGAGAAGGAUCUCAUUCCACUGCUGCAGAGCUUCACCCUGGGAAUUGCCACCCAAACCACCAUGGGCAGCGAUGUAAAGGAUGAAGAGAGCUUCAGGAGCAAUUCCUUGCUGGGGCGAUACCAAUGCAUCCUGGAAACCAUGACAGAUAUGUGCUUCUCUCCGUGGCUCAAUAGCCGAUUUUGCCGGCAGCUGGCUGGAAAGGAAUCGCACUACUACCAGGCCAAAACUGAGAUUCGUCAGUUUAUUCGGAAGAUAAUUGAGAGAAAGUUGGCCGAGGACGAAAUGGGAGCACUACCUUCCAUCCAGUCCAAUGAUAAAAACCUAUUUCUAAAUCUGGUCACGGAUUUGAUGAGACGAGGAGUGUUUACCCUGAAGAAUGUUGAGGAUGAGUCGAAUAUCAUCGUUUUUGGAGCUUUUGAGACCACGGCUAAUGCAGUGUACUACACCCUGAUGUUGCUGGCGAUGUUUCCGGAAUACCAGGAGAGGGCCUUUGAGGAAAUAAAGACGAUAUUCCCAAACACAGGAGACUUUGAUGUAUCCUACGCGGACACCCAGCAGAUGGUGUACCUUGACCUGAUCCUCAACGAAUCCAUGAGAGUAAUACCCCCUGUUCCUGUCGUAUCCCGACAAACGUCUCAGGAUCUGAAGCUGUCCAAUGGUAUAGUGGUUCCCAAAGGGGUCCAGAUCGCCAUCGACAUUUAUCACAUGCACAGAAGCAAAAAGAUCUGGGGUCCGGAUGCGGAGACCUUCAACCCAGAUCAUUUCCUCCCCCACAACAUCCAGGACAAGCAUCCGUACGCCUAUAUACCUUUUACCAAGGGCAUUCGAAAUUGCAUAGGUUGGAGAUAUGCCUUAAUAUCGGCGAAAGUUACAUUAGCCAAGUUAUUGCGGAAUUAUAGGUUUAAAACGAGUUUUCCCUUCGAAAAUCUAUACUUUGUUGAAGAUAUUACGAUGAAGUUGAAAUCUGUGCCACUGUUGGAGCUCCAAAAGAGAACUUAAAUGUUUAUAGCACUUAGUGAUUUUAAAUAGAUUAUUAAAAGUUGUUGAAUUAAUGGGUUCUGUGAAUUAUACCAAUAUUAAAAAAUAAUAACAUCU